AUGAAGUGGGAAGGUCGUCAACAUGGUGUUGUUCGUACGUGGAUGACUCAUCCGUCGUUAUGUAGUCCGCGACCCACAAACCAUUUCGUGAACCGGUUGGAUUCAAUACCAGGUUUUGGAGAAUUUGUCAAAGUGCCAUCAAAACCGACUAACCACUCCAAGUUCACCGGAAAAUGUGACAGGUCCAAGUGCAUAAAUUGCCACGUGUCACCGGCUACCAGAUCGGCUGACAAAUCUAAGGGUCGCCGUAAUCAACAAGCAACGACGUGGUGGGCUGAGGAUAAGCUAGACCGGUUCAUGGGAUCCGACUCGUUUUCUGCUAAAAGUAUUUUGGAUACAUUAUGUGGUGAAGAUUAUGAUGAUCAUAUGUAUGAUCAUGAUUACGAGUAUACAUCGCGUUGA